AUGGGCACGAAAGGCCCAUAUAUCCCGCCCCUUGUCGGGUGGCUGUACGAUCUGGUGCUCUGGACUUUCUCCGUGCUCAUUGAUCUCUUCUUCCGCGAGGUCCAUCCCCGCGGGUCCUGGAAGAUUCCGCGACGCGGCCCAAUCAUCCUGGUCGCUGCCCCUCAUGCAAACCAGUUUGUCGACUCACUUGUUUUAAUGCGCGUCAUCCGCAGCGAAGCCCACCGCCGCAUAUCAUGGCUGAUCGCAGACAAAUCUUUCCGGCGCAAGUUUAUCGGGUUCCUGGCGAGGAUGAUUGGAACACUACCCGUAGCGAGAGCAAUGGACAAUCUUAAACCCGGGACCGGCACCGUCUAUCUUCCCGACCCGGUCAACCAGCCCACUCUGCUGCGCGGAGUCGGCACCAAUUUCGAAGGCCCGGGGUUUGAAGCGGAAGGGACGAUUGCGCUGCCGACGAUCAACGGGACGUCGCACAGUACGGCGAUUGCGGAGAUUCGGGGGCCGGAGGAAUUGGUGCUCAAGAAACCGUUCAAACACCGGGAUGCGUUGUUCCAGUUGACGGGGCGGGAUGACAUCGACGACAACGGGAAGUUCACUGGGGAUGGGUCGGACCAGGACCGCUCGGAGUUCAAGGGCUCCAAGUUCAAGGUUGCACCGCACGUGGAUCAAACGGCGGUCUAUGAGGCGGUCUUUGCGAGACUGAAUGCCGGGGGCUGUGUGGGCAUCUUCCCCGAAGGUGGUAGUCAUGACCGCCCAUCUCUGUUGCCGCUUAAAGCGGGUGUGGCCUUGAUGGCACUGGGAACGCUGGCAGAUAAUCCGAAUUGUGGCCUGAAGAUCGUUCCCUGCGGCAUGAACUAUUUCCAUGCACACAAAUUCCGAUCGAGGGCGGUCAUUGAAUUUGGCACCCCACUCGAGGUGCCCAAAGAGCUGGUGGAGCAGUUCAAAAAGGGCGAACGACGGGAGUCGGUGGGCAAACUGUUAGAUAUCAUCUAUCAAAGUCUGGUUGCUGUCACCGUCACCAGUCCCGACUAUGAAACGCUCAUGGUCAUCCAAGCGGCCCGUCGGUUGUACAACACCAAAGGGAAGAAGCUUCCUCUUCCAAUGGUUGUCGAACUAAACCGCCGACUCGUCAAGGGCUAUGAGCACUACAAGGAGGACCCACGUAUAGUGCACCUCCGAAGAUCUAUUGUGGACUAUAAUAAGCAGCUCCGCAUCCUCGGCAUCCGGGACCAUCAAGUUGCCUACGCCAAGUUCUCGAUCAUCCAUGUCAUUGCCAAGUUGAUCUACCGCUUGGGCCAGCUGGCUCUUCUCACCAUUGGAACUCUGCCCGGUCUGCUCCUCUUCACCCCUGUCUUCAUCGCCACCAAAUACCUCUCGAUCAAAAAGUCCAAGGAAGCGCUAGCUGCCUCCACAGUCAAACUGCAGGGCCGAGAUGUGAUGGCCACCUGGAAGCUAUUGAUUGCCUUGGCCUUUGCACCAGCCGUGUACGCGUCCUACACCGCAGCCUUCACUUACUGGACGUACCACAACCGCAUCCGAGGCUUGAUUCCAGAAUGGGUACCACUCUGGUUGGUAGUGUUGAUCGGCAUGAUCCUAUUCCCCACAAUCACCUUUGCCGCCCUCCGAAUCGGCGAGGUGGGCAUGGACAUUAUCAAAUCUCUACGCCCACUCAUUCUAUGCCUGAACCCCUCAUCUGCCAAUACCCUGGUAAAGCUUCGCGCCAGACGGGUAGCCCUGACCCAGCUCGUAACGGAAGCCAUCAACACAAUGGGUCCAGAACUCUUCCCAGACUUCGACGCCGCGCGGAUCGUGUCCGACCCAUUCUGGAAAGUCAACCGGGAAGACAAUGAUAUCCCCGCCAUCCACACACACGACGACUACGACGACAACGACAGCGUGCCGCUCCGUUCCCAAGAACCCCUCCCCCGCAACGAAUCCUUCUACAACCUCGCCAAUAUCGGCUUCUUCUCUACAAGACCCCCGAGCCGAGACCGCAGCCGCAGCAGUUCCGCAGGACCCAGACCUGGCUCGCGGCAUCAGUUGAAACCACUCAGUCCCCUCACGCCCAAGGAUACGCCCAAGGAUCCUCUGGAGGAUGUCAAUUCGCGCAUUCGCGACGCUAUGCGUGAGCGCGGCCAGCGCCGUCGCCGAUCUGAGGAUGGCUCUUGGGAUAUGGCGAGCUCGGGGCCGAGUACGCCGGGGAGUGAUGGCGAGCGGAAGGAUCUAUAG